GAAGUGGAAGUUUGAGGUUUGAGGUUUGUUUUAAGCCAGUUCGUAACUUGAUGUUUCAAAACGUAGAAUAACCUCAAAAAUUAAGCUGAGGAAGAUACCAAGCUUUCUUGAAUUAAAAUAUCGUAAAAUUAAAAUCUAAAAUGAGUGAUUUAUCUGACUUCGCGAGCCCUAAAGGAGCAGACUCUGAACUGCAAGAUUUUCUUCUUGCAGAAAAACAAAAAGCCCAAUUCCAUGCACAGAUCCAUGAAUUCAACGACUUCUGCUGGGACAAAUGUGUUGACAAACCUGGAGCCAAGUUGGACUCUCGCACAGAAACCUGCAUUACGAAUUGUGUUGAGAGGUUCAUUGAUGUUUCAUUACUUAUCACCAACAGAUUCGCCCAAAUGCUUGAAAAAGGAGGUGGAAUGCAUUGAAUCUUCAUAGUUAUAUAAAACUUGUUAUAAACUGACUUAGUAGCUCAGUCAAUGUAUGCAACUGUUGUGCAUUUUUAGGUUCAAGGUUUUAUGAAGGCGUAUUUUGUUUUAUCUUAGUAGCUAGCGACCAUACUGUUGUUAUGUAUACUGCCGUACACUUAGGAGUACCUAAACAAUUGUUAAUUGAAUGUCAGAAUUAAACUAAGCUAUUUAAAUAA